AAGUCGCCAUUUUUCUCCCACUCUCCCCUGUUCCGUGCUGAACUCAACGUUUCAGGCCAUGGAACCUGAGACGAAGCGGGAACAGCCGAUCGCUGUGUUCAUGGCUUUCGGAACUCAAGGCGACGCUUACCCUCUUGCCGCUAUUGCUGCCGCUUUCGCGGCUGAAGUGAUGCACUACCGCGUGUUCUGUAUCACUCACUCAGCACACCAGAAUCUGAGCGCCCAUUUGGCCAAAGAGCGUGUAACCUUUGUACCCGUGUCAUCGCCACCCGUUCUUUCCUUCCAUGAAGAAGACCAGAAUGCAGCGCCAUCUGUUUCUAUGCUGAAGAAGAAAACUAUCACCAUCGACCAUAGACGACAAUGCGUUUCUGCAGUUGAGAGGAUCUUUGGAUUCGAUGAAGUUUUGAGCGGUGAUUUCAUCUUGAUUAACUUCUUUGCAUUGGAGGGAUGGAGCCUUGCGGAACUUUUUCAGGUUCGAUGCAUAGUUGCUGCUCCCUAUGUUGUUCCAUAUAGUGCUCCGGCAUCAUUUGAGAGUCACUUCCAGAAAGAAUUUCCCCAUUUGUAUGAUUACCUCCUAGAAGCUCCCACUGAUAAGGUCUGCUGGAAAGAUGUAAUGCAUUGGAUGUGGCCCCUUUUUACUGAAAGUUGGGGAUCAUGGAGAAGCGAAGCUUUAAGUUUGAGUCCUAUUCCAUUCACGGAUCCUGUAACAGGCCUUCCCACAUGGCAUGAGAGGGCACCAUCUCCUAUUGUUAUGUAUGGAUUUAGUGAAGAAGUUGUCGAAUGUCCUGAUUACUGGCCAUCUAAUAUCCGAAUUAGUGGAUUUUGGUUUCUCCCUGAUGAAUGGCAGUUUUCAUGUCAAAAGUGCUGUGAAGUUGCUGAACUUAACAAGUCUAAGGGCACAAAAACACAGGAUUGUACUUGUUCUUCUCAUGUUCAGUUGCAAGCUUUCGUAAAUGGUGAUGCACUGAUGCGACCUGUAUUUAUUGGGCUGAGCUCCAUAGGAAGGAUGGGCUAUCUCAAAAACCCUCGAUCUUUCCUUAUGGUCCUUCAAGCAGUCACUAGAAUGACAGGUUGCAGAUUUAUUCUUUUCACUGCCAGCUAUGAACCUUUGGAUGCAGCAGUUCAAGCUAUUGCUGCUGAAGAAGCUCCAAGCUUGAACCAGAGAAAUUUUAGUGAAGCUGGGAGGCUCCUAUUUGGUGGACGAGUCUUCUGCUUUUGCGGCUCCAUCCCAUAUAAAUGGCUGUUCCAACAGUGCGCUGCUGCAAUACAUCAUGGAGGAAGUGGAUCGACUGCUGCUGCACUUCAUGCUGGAAUCCCCCAGGUCAUUUGUCCAUUUAUGCUGGAUCAAUUCUACUGGGCUGAGAGGAUGUUCUGGCUUGGAGUGGCUCCUGAAGCACUCAAAAGAUGCCACUUGCUUCCCGAUAACAGUGACGAUGCAUCUAUUAAAGAGGCUGCUAUUAUGUUGUCGAAGUCCUUACAACAUGCACUUGCCAAUGAAGUCAAAGCACGUGCCUUAGAAAUUUCUUCGAAAAUCUCUCUCCAGGAUGGAGUUGCAGAAGCUGUGAAGAUUCUCAAGGAGGUGGUGAAAGAACCUUGAUGCGAUCGAAGUUGAACGAGAGAAAAAUAUCUACUUGGAUGGAGUUAGAUUUUUCCAGUUGCAACUUGCUGCUUCUUCUCAAGCAGGGUAUUUAAUUUCUUAUCGAUACAUUUAUUGCUCCCAUGUAUUCAUGUCUUCUUUUGGAGAAUGGAUCCAAUGUUCGCCCAAAUCAGGGUUCUUCGGCACAUGAUCGAAUUAUGCUAAAAUUUCAUAUAUGGGCAAAACAAGUUCAUACCCC